AGUUAUUAGCUCCAAGUGUGUCUUGUUUGAAAUGGCAGAAACCGCUCCAGCUGCUCCGGCUAAGGCGCCGAAGAAGAAGACGAGUUCGAAACCUAAGAAGACCGGUCCUAGCGUGUCUGACUUGAUCGUGAAGGCUGUAUCGGCUUCAAAGGAGCGCCACGGGUUGUCUUUAGCGGGCCUCAAGAAGGCUCUUGCUGCUGGCGGCUACGAUGUGGAGAAGAACAACGCCCGCUUGAAACUGGCCGUAAAAAGCCUGGUUAGCAAAGGGGCUCUGCUGCAGACCAAAGGUACCGGUGCCUCCGGGUCCUUUAAGAUAAAUAAGAAGCAGGCAGAAGCAAAGGAGAAAGCGGGUAAGAAAAAAGCGGCCCCGAAGAAGAAGCUAGCGGCCAAGAAGCCUACCGCAGCCGCCAAAAAAGUAAAGAAGCCUGCAGCGAAAAAACCCGCCGCGGCCAAAAAGACGGCAAAGAAGCCCGCUGCUGCCAAGAAAGCCACCAAAAGUCCCAAGAAAGUGAAGCCGGCUGCAAAGCCCAAAAAGGUGACUAAGAGUCCAAAGAAAGCCAAAGCUUCCAAGCCUAAGGUGGCCAAACCCAAGACUGUAAAGAAGGCAGCGCCGAAAAAGAAGUGAAUCGUGUACGUGUCGACAGUUUAGAAAAACGGCUCUUUUCAGAGCCCC